AUGACAACUACCACUGGGAUGAUGUCUACCCAAAUCCCCUUGCUCAUGAUGCACCCUAUUGGUUUGGUGCAGACCUCUGCGCCUCUUUCUACUCCGUUACCUGGCUCCCACCCCCCUGAACCUAGUGCCAUUGCCAAUGUUGAAGCCCAUAUGGAUAAGAAAAUUGAUGCUUUAGUGGAGACCACUGCACAAAUUGAUGUUUUAGUCAAGGGCCUUUUGGACAGAGCGAGUGUUCAUGAUUCUAGUGCUGUUACUGUAUCAAUGGAAGGGGUGGCUACUUGUCCCAGCGAUGCCCCUAGAUGGAGGUCCCUGCUAAACUCCCCAGCAUCUGGGAGAAAGCAAACCGAUCCUGCUGGUAUAUUUGAUCUAAUAGAAGUUGUUGGCAAUGGCACUUACGGUCAAGUGUAUAAGGGUCGGCACACCAAGACCGGUCAGCUGGCUGCCAUCAAAGUUAUGGAUGUUACAGAGGAUGAAGAAGAAGAAAUUAAACUGGAAAUUAAUGUCCUGAAAAAGUUUUCCCAUCAUCGGAACAUUGCCACUUAUUAUGGUGCCUUCAUCAAGAAGUCCCCUCCUGGGAAAGAUGAUCAACUGUGGCUCGUUAUGGAGUACUGUGGUGCUGGCUCUGUCACAGAUCUUGUCAAAUCCACCAAAGGACAAAGUCUAAAAGAAGAAUGGAUAGCCUACAUUUCUAGAGAAAUUUUACGAGGCGUUGCCCAUCUGCACUCCAGUAAAGUCAUCCACAGAGAUUCAAAAGGCCAGAAUGUCCUCCUCCACUGAUUAAUGGCUGAAGUCAAGUUAGUUGACUUUGGUGUCAGUGCUCAGCUUGACCGUACUAUAGGGAGGAGGAACACCUUUAUUGGUACGCCAUACUGGAUGGCUCCAGAAGUUAUUGCUUGUGAUGAAAAUCCAGAGGCUACGUAUGACAACCGUAGUGACUUAUGGAGUUUAGGUAUCACAGCGCUAGAAAUGGCUGAAUCACAACCCCCUUUGUGUGAUAUGCAUCCAAUGCGCGCUCUGUUCUUGAUCCCAAGGAAUCCACCUCCACGCCUUAAGAAUAGCAAGAAAUGGAGUAAAAAAUUUCAUUCCUUUAUUGAUAGUGUCUUAGUCAAGGACUACCAUCAGAGAACUUACACUGAUCAGUUACUAAAACAUCCAUUUAUACGGGACCAACCAACUGAACGGCAAGUGCGUAUCCAACUCAAAGAUCACAUAGACAGAUGCAAGAAACAUAAGCAGAAAGAAGACAGAGAAGAAACAUUUAAUUACAGUGGGUCUGAUAAUGAAGAUGAGGAAACAACACAACCUGGUGAACCCUCUUCAAUCAUUCAAGCACCAGCAGGGAAUACCUUGAGACGGAAUUUCCAACAAAUACAGGAGCAUCAAAGAAAUGGUGGAAAGAAAGAGAAAGAGGAGAUUCCUGAUCCGGGACCUCCAGCCAGACCUGCAUUACCACAAAGGUUACUUGGCCAAGAGCCUGCGCCUCCUCAAAGGCCUCUUCCACCACCACCUCAGGGCAGAGAUCACCACCAAGCUGCAGCACACAAACCAGCAACACCUCCGCAACACCAUCCAAGGGACCAUCGGGAACAUCGUGAACACCGUGAACACAGGGAACACAGAGAACAGAGGGACCAGCGCAACUCUCAGAUAGGGAAGCAGCAACAACCAGCGCAGUCACAAGCAAGAAAACCUGAGGUUUGUUUUUGCUUUCUAGUGUACUUUAUUAGUAAACCUUGCAUUUUUGAUAUUUUGAUGUUACAGUACCAUACAUUGUUUUUCUUUUAACUACUAUUAAGUCAU